UGAUGUGAUAAAAACAGAUCACUUUGAUUUUUAAUGAAGACCCAAGUUAAUAAGCUAAUUGAUGAAGCAAUGAUAAUUGAGAUCAGUUCACUUUGAAAUUUUAAAUAAGCUAAGCUAUAAUAAUUAGUGUAAAAUAAAAUGAUGUACUGAACUUGUCCAAUGAUGCAGUCCAAGCUGUAACUACAAGAACAACACAAGCUUCAAAACAGUAUAUAUAUAAGGAUGAAAAUGAAGAAGCAUCAUACUUCACCCAUCAACAAUGGCAAAUGCACAGCUCAACGUGAAAUUCAUCACAAACAGGAGAGGCGGCCAAAAUUUAUCCUUUCAAGGCUUUAUCUACAGAAUUCAUCGCAGAACAGACACCAAACUCUUUUGGAGAUGUGUUGUUGCAGGAUGCUCAGCUGGCCUCUCUACAGAAAACAACGUUCCCAUAGGAUUUGGAAGACAGCUCCACACCCAUCCUGAAGAUCACACCGAAGUUGUUGCCAAACAGAUCAUGAACCAGAUUUCAAGGCGAUGCACAGAAGAAGUAAAACCUAUACCUUCCAUCUUCACAGAAGAACUCAACAGACUGCGAGACGAUGAAUGGGACGACACCAGCAGAGAAGUGAUAGAGAGAUUGCCAACGUUCAACACGGCCAAGUCCAUCGCUUUACAGAGCUCGCCGGAAACAGACUCCACCACUUCCAAAGACACCUGCUGACAUUCGACUAGAA